GGUUGCGCCGUGGCGAGGGGGCGGGGCGCGUGUCGGUGGCGCUCAGCUCGCGGUCAUGGAGGCGCCGGUCGUCUUGUUGCUGCUGCUGCUGCUAUGUCUCGGGCCCUUGGCCCCGACGCCCGGCGGCGCCUCCUCGGAGGCUCCGCCGCUGGUCAACGAGGACGUGAAGCGCACUGUGGACCUGAGCAGCCACCUAGCCAAGGUGACGGCUGAGGUGGUCCUGGCACACCCGGGCGGCGGCUCCACUUCACGAGCCAGCUCUUUCGUUCUGGCCUUAGAGCCCGAACUGGAGUCACGGCUUGCGCACCUAGGCGUGCAGAUAAAGGGAGAAGAUGAGGAAGACAACAACCUAGAAGUACGAGAAACCAAAAUUAAAGGGAAAAGUGGGAGAUUUUUCACGGUUAAGCUCCCAGUUGCUCUUGAUCCUGGGUCCAAGAUCUCAGUCGUUGUGGAAACUGUCUACACCCAUGUGCUUCAUCCAUACCCGACUCAGAUCACUCAGUCAGAGAAGCAGUUUGUGGUGUUUGAGGGCAAUCAUUAUUUCUACUCUCCCUAUCCAACAAAGACCCAGACCAUGCGAGUGAAACUGGCAUCCCGAAAUGUGGAAAGCUAUACCAAGCUGGGGAACCCCUCACGAUCUGAAGACGUCCUAGAUUAUGGGCCUUUUAAAGACAUCCCUGCCUACAGUCAGGACACUUUCAAAGUACAUUAUGAGAACAAUAGCCCUUUCCUGACCAUCACCAGCAUGACCCGGGUCAUCGAGGUUUCUCACUGGGGUAAUAUUGCUGUGGAAGAGAACGUGGACUUGAAGCACACGGGCGCAGUACUGAAGGGGCCUUUCUCCCGCUACGAUUACCAGAGGCAGCCUGACAGUGGGAUCUCCUCCAUUCGCUCUUUUAAGACCAUCCUUCCUGCUGCUGCCCAGGAUGUGUAUUACCGGGAUGAGAUUGGGAAUGUUUCCACCAGCCACCUCCUUAUUUUGGAUGACUCCGUGGAAAUGGAAAUCCGACCUCGAUUUCCUCUCUUUGGAGGGUGGAAGACACACUACAUCGUUGGGUACAACCUCCCAAGCUACGAAUACCUCUAUAAUCUGGGUGACCAGUAUGCACUGAAGAUGCGGUUUGUAGACCACGUGUUUGAUGAGCAAGUUAUAGAUUCUCUGACAGUGAAGAUCAUCUUGCCUGAGGGAGCCAAAAACAUCCAGGUAGACAGUCCCUAUGAUAUUAGCCGUGCUCCAGAUGAGCUGCAUUACACCUACCUCGACACAUUCGGCCGCCCAGUGAUCGUUGCUUAUAAGAAGAAUCUCGUGGAGCAGCACAUUCAGGACAUUGUGGUGCACUACACGUUCAACAAGGUGCUCAUGCUGCAGGAGCCUCUGCUGGUCGUGGCUGCCUUCUACAUUCUGUUUUUCACCGUCAUCAUCUAUGUCCGUCUGGACUUUUCCAUCACCAAGGAUCCAGCUGCAGAAGCCAGGAUGAAAGUGGCCUGUAUCACAGAGCAGGUCUUAACCCUGGUCAACAAGAGGUUAGGCCUCUACCGCCACUUUGAUGAGACUGUCAAUAGAUACAAGCAGUCCCGGGAUAUCUCUACCCUCAAUAGUGGCAAGAAGAGCCUAGAGACAGAGCACAAAGCUGUGACCAGUGAGAUUGCUGUGCUGCAAUCCAGGCUGAAGACGGAGGGCUCUGACCUGUGUGACAGGGUAAGCGAAAUGCAGAAGCUGGACGCACAGGUGAAGGAGCUGGUGCUGAAGUCAGCAGUAGAAGCAGAGAGGCUGGUGGCUGGCAAGCUCAAGAAGGAUACAUACAUCGAGAAUGAAAAGCUCAGCUCAGGAAAACGCCAGGAGCUAGUCACCAAGAUUGAUCAUAUCCUGGACGCUCUGUAGCCCUUGUCUCCAGAGCAGGCCCAGGUUGCCUAUACUUCCAGAUGGUAAUGGAUAGGUAGAAAGAGAUUGUGAUUGUCCUAAGGCCUCAAGAAAAAAAAAGCGGAGGCCUAUCCAUGGCUGUGUAAGAAGCUGUCCCUUAUUUCUGAAUAGUUCCCUUUUUUAAAAAAACAAAAACCUAAACAAAAAUCCUGUUUAAAAGAUGAACUUGGUUGUGUUUUGAGCAAAGCCAUUUUCAGUAGUUGAUUGGUGGUGUUUUGUUUUGAUAGCUGGGAAUUUUUUCUGUCUUUAAGUCCUGUUUUAUGGUCUUCUGAUUCCUAAUGUUUGGUUCUUUUGUGAGCGUAUGCAUGGUUUUUUAAAAGUGUGUAUGACCAAAUGAAAAUAAAGGAGGGACUGUGAACAUUUG